AUGGAUACGAUCGACGAUAUGAUAGAACAACAGCAACAGCAACAAUCGCUCCUGGAGCCUUUGAACGAUGCGGUCGAGUCGCCGGUGUCCAGUACGCAACAUAGCAAUUCUCAUUCGCGCGGCGAUAUAAGUAACGCCAGUCAACAUGUUGGAUUGUUAACGCGCGUUGCCGAUUCCGGCGAACGAGCGCCCGAGGAGACUUUAACAGUGAUAGUACAACCGCAAGACGAUUCCAGGGAUUCCCAACUUCUCAGUCCCGAGAAGCUUACACCUAACGAUGAAACGACCAUCAUGGACGAUACGGCUGAUUUUCGUUCACUUCACGAGCCUACGUACCAAACGUUGACUUCGGUAAAUGGCCGAAUGUCACCGCCUGGUUUUAGUCCUGGUUCGUCUUAUGCAACUUUGACUCCUCUGCAGCCUCUGCCUCCGAUAUCGACAAUGUCAGAUAAGUUUGCUUAUGGCCAUGCAACAGGAGUUUUACAAAAUAAUGGUAUGGGUAUCGGUUUAGCACUUGGUUCAAGUUCUCCUUAUGCAUAUGACAAGUUACCAUCGAUGGGCAUGUCGCCGCCGCACGAUUAUUCUCCACCCGCCAAUACUCUUGGAGCAAUGGUUAUGUCGCAGCAACAUAGUCCACUAUCACCUCAUAGUGCUUAUAGUCAAAACGGACUUCAAUCUCCUCAAAAAAGUUUAUCGCCGUCGGGUUAUGAUUCUCCUUACGGCCAGAGACCCAUGCAACAGAGUCCUGUGUUGAGUCCACCUUCAUCUGGAUCGGUCAGAUCACCAGACGGUGGUAUGGGAGGAGGUUUUGGUUCGUUGUCAUCACUCAAUGGAUUAAAUCAACAUACAAACGCGCCGCCUGGAUUAGUGCAAAUAUCACACGUGAUUCGUGAACAAUCUUCUCCUUCGCCUCCGUUGCUGACAUUACAGACGCAAGGUAAAAAUAUUAAUAACGCAACACUUCUGCAAACGACGUCAGUAUCUGCGCCUUCAGACGGCGAAGAAAUCAACACGAAGGAAUUGGCACAGCGUAUCAGUGCAGAGCUAAAACGUUAUAGUAUACCACAAGCAAUAUUUGCACAGCGGGUUUUGUGUAGAUCUCAAGGAACGCUUUCGGAUUUACUGCGUAACCCGAAACCUUGGUCGAAGCUGAAAUCUGGUCGCGAGACGUUUCGAAGGAUGUACAAGUGGUUGCAGGAACCGGAGUUCCAGCGAAUGUCUGCGUUGAGGCUGGCGGCUGCGCAGAUUCCACAACGAGGUACAGGCAUCAAGAGGAAGGAGGAGCCUAUGAGCCAGCCGGAACACCUUCCUACACCGAAGAAGCCCCGUUUGGUUUUUACCGACCUCCAGCGGCGUACUCUACAGGCUAUUUUUAAGGAAACGAAGCGUCCUUCUAAAGAGAUGCAAGUGACGAUAGCUCGCCAAUUGGGCCUGGAGCCAACGACCGUUGGCAAUUUCUUCAUGAACGCACGUCGCAGGUCAAUGGACAAAUGGAAAGACGAGGACCCCAAGUCGGUGAUGGGCGAGAUGUCGCCCGGAGACAUGGGUCACGAUGGCGAUGGUAACGAUCACCUCCUGGAUGACGACGACGAUCAAGACUUGUCGCUCGAACAAGAUCACGAUCUCGAUCUGGACGACCAGGAUCCGGACAAUCUGUUGUGA